AUGUCCUUUCCAUAUCCUUCAUCACCAGGUUCCUCUUCAUCGGCAUUCAUCCCCUUCAACUCUCCUUCCUCUACUCCCGUGGUCCAGCCGGUGACACGAUCUCGGACACUUUUCUACUUGUCCAUCAGAGAUAGUUCAAUACCUUAUUCCAGUCGACGUAAGGGCAAAGGUCGGCAAUAUGGCGAGACUCUGGAUGUUGCCGAUGAAGAGCAGGGUUUGAUGGAUGGACAAGAUGGUCGUUCGGGGUUUGACAUAUCAGAAGAAGUAGAGGAAAUCUUGUCAAGAUUGAAACCUAAGAUCGCCCAGUUGGACAAGCUGCAUGCAAAACACGUUUUACCUGGCUUCACUGAUCGGACGGCGGAAGAAAGAGAAAUCGAACGUCAAACGAGUGAAAUCACCAGAGACUUUAGAAAGUGUUCUUCUCUGAUAGGGACGAUUGUACCAUCCAGGAAGAAAAGUAGGGUGGAAACUCUCACUGCUAAGAAUGUACAAAGAGGAUUAGCACAAAAGGUACAGGAUGCCAGUGGACAGUUCAGGAAGAAACAGAGGGUGUAUAUGCAGAAACUACAAGGUCAUGCUAUCAAAAAUAAGGAUAUCUUAGCUGCGAGCGGAGCGAUAAAGCUACAUGGAUCGGAAGGGAUAGAUGAGUUAAAGGAAGACGAAGAAGCCUCUCAAAUGCAAUCACAAUCCCAAGUAGCAGUCGAUAUCGACAUUGAUAAACGUACCAAAGAAAUCACCCAAAUAGCAUCGAGCAUCUCUGAACUGGCCGAUUUAUUCCGCGAUCUCGGAAAUCUCGUUGUGGCUCAAGGAACUGUGUUAGACAGUGUGGAAUACAACGUGCAGACCACAGCUCGAGAGCUGACGGGCGCGGUUGAGGAGCUGAAGACUGCUCAAAGCCUCGUCUCUCAAGCAAUUUUCUAA